CAAGUGUCCUUAUAAUGAGUUCAGUAGUUAGGUCAAAGAAUUAGUUUUAAAUCUGACAGAAGCAAGAAUAUAUUCAGUACAGAGUCACACACUGCACCAUUUUACGUCAUGGCUGCAAGGACAUUCUUUCGUUCUGCCUAGAAAAUCUAAGAAUCUGCAUGUUUGUUUAUUUCUGCAAAUUUAUCUUCGCAUCCAGGUUCCAGUUGUGCAGAUUCUCACUGUAUAAUAGUUUCCAUUGCCUCAUAACUUGUCAUGUGAUCUGGUCCAUUAAACUCAGCGAUAAGUCAAUAUCUGACAGCUCCUUAGUAAUGUAAUGAAGCUGACUUUUGUAACAAAGACUGAAUCAGACCUUCUGACUCAGCAGUGAUUUAAUUGAGCUAAGACAGUUUCGGUCGAUCUGUCAUGCAAUAAACAGAGCUACACACGAUACAUUAUUAUAGUUCUGUUGAAAUUUGCUGCCAAUUUAAUUCAUCUAUCAUUAUCCUAUAUUACAUUUCCUUCGGCAUUUUAAAAAAAUGUUGCUCAGGAUAGUCUGUGUUCUCUGUCAUAACCUUUUAUUGAAUUCAAGCAAGAGAAAAGCCACCACUGUGCUUUUGUUGCAGUGAAUGACACUGCAGUGGAGAAGCUGAGAGAGGCACAUAUACAUUUGUUUUUGUUACCAUGGUAAAUUGUGUUCCAGAAAGGUCUCUGACAGUGGAAAUAAAGUGCAAAUAUCUGGACAGUAUAUGUGUUAUUAACAUAAGUGCAGCGUUGAGAAUAAGUGUUAGUUCAAUGGCUGGAUGUAUAUGUGAUUAAAUAAAAAUAUAAAACAGACAGUGGAGAAUUUUUUCUAAUUUUGAAGAGAAACAUAAUCCACAAGCACCUGAAGGUGCCAUAUCUGCUCUCUCUCUCUCUCUCGCUCUCUCCCUCUUUUUCUUUCUGUGUCCCAGCCCCUGAAGGUGUCAUAACUGACGGUGCUCUCUCUCUCUCUCUCUCUCUCUCCUCUCCUCUCCUCCCCUCCCCCUUCAUCUCUCUCUCUCUCUCUCUCUCUCUCUCUCUCUUUUUCCUCACUCUAUCACCGCCUUUCAGAUCUUUAAAAGCCGGUGCUUUGCUCUGUCUCCCUCGAUCUCCAUUUGUCUCCUCUAACACUGCAGGGGACUCAAUGAGCAAAGCACCAAAGAAGGCAACUGUAUAGAAACGGACAGAAGAUUCAAAGAAGAAGGGAGGAAAAAGGGAGGAAGAGAGUAAGAGAGAGAGUGAGAGAGGGACAAAAUUUCAAUAUCCAUAAAUAGAUUUAUCCACAUUUAACUGACAAAGAGUGACAGUGUGAAGAACCUGAGACCUGGACAGAAAAUGCCUAUUCUUUCUAACUUAACAGCCAUUGUUUUGUUGCUGAUUGCCCACUGCGGAUCUUGGAGCAGUGCAAAUCGCUUGGGGCCCUUCAAGGUCUGCCCUUCCUGCAGGGAUCCACUGGGGGCAGGUCGGCCCCCCAGGGACCAUAAUGUUGCAGUGAGCACGACAGUGUUGGCCCAGGGAGAGCCCUGUGGUGUAUACACACUGAGCUGUGCCAAAGGGCUCCGCUGUGUUCCCCCUCCAAGGGAACACAGCCCCCUUCAGGCUUUGUUGCAGGGACGGGGCAUUUGCUCCAAACACAGUAGGACUAGUCCCACUGAGAGGCCACCUCCCACAGGUCCAGAUCCUUCACACAGUGGUGACAUUGAAAAAGCACCGUGUCGUAAGCUGCUCAAUAGUGUCCUAAGGGGUCUGGAGCUGACAAUCUUCCAGUCUGAUCGUGACAUUUAUAUACCCAACUGUGACACCCGUGGCUACUACAGGAAAAAGCAGUGCCGCUCCUCUAAGGGCAUGCGGCGUGGCCAUUGCUGGUGUGUGGAUGAGCUCGGCACCCCCGUGCCCUCACGUGCCAGCGAGGAUGGUACUAUUCCAUGCGAUGGAGAGUGAGGGAUGAGUCUGUUCUACAGCUCGGAGC